GGCGUUCAUCACAAACAGUAUAUUCUUCGAUUUCUCGUUGUAAGCUUUUCAUAAACAUUUCAAGAUUAUCUCUCGAAUUCAUUAUCAUCAGUGACUUUCCGUUGGUUGCUUUCUUUCGCAAGGGGCAAAAAGUAAACUAUUCAUUGUGGAACAUUUAUCGAAUUCCUGUCGGUUUAAGCUAUUUGCUACGGUUCGCUGGAGUAAAUAUUUUAUAUAAAAGUACUCCGCUUCCGUGUUCUAGUUGCCACAUUCUUUGGCAUUCUAGUCCGUCGGUUUUAAUUUAUAUAGUUAAUAUAAAGAAAGUAGGAACGUACAAUGGGAGCUUGCUUAUCUUGCCUUUUUGGAAGGAGAACAAGGAGCGCGCUUUACGAACCAUUGUUGCAAGAAAAUGAACGUGAAGCGGUUGCUGAUUUAUUAACGUAUCUUGAGAAUCGUGCCGAAACUAAUUUUUUUGAGGGUGACCCAUUGCGUGCUCUUUCCACACUGGCUUUUUCAGAUAAUUUGGAUUUACAACGGUCAGCGGCUUUAGCCUUUGCGGAAAUAACUGAAAAAGAAGACGUUAGGGAAGUGGACCGAGAGACAAUGGAGCCCAUCAUGUUUCUCCUUCAAUCUCAUGACGUAGAAGUUCAAAGAGCAGCCUCCGCAGCGUUAGGAAAUCUGGCUGUUAAUACGGAAAAUAAGUUGUUGAUUGUACAAAUGGGAGGAUUAGAACCAUUGAUUCGACAAAUGUUAUCACCUAAUGUUGAAGUUCAAUGUAACGCAGUUGGAUGCAUUACCAAUUUGGCUACACAUGAUGAAAAUAAAUCGAAAAUUGCAAGAUCUGGUGCUUUGGUACCACUUACGAAAUUAGCUCGAUCAAAAGAUAUGCGAGUCCAAAGAAAUGCAACGGGCGCUUUAUUGAAUAUGACGCAUUCUGAUGAAAAUAGGCAACAGCUUGUAAAUGCUGGUGCUAUACCUGUAUUAGUUGGCCUUCUGAAUUCACCAGAUACUGAUGUUCAAUAUUACUGUACAACUGCACUUAGCAAUAUUGCCGUUGAUGCCUUAAAUCGAAAAAAGCUUGCCUCAACAGAAACCCGUCUUGUACAGUCUUUGAUUGGUUUAAUGGACUCCACUUCGCUAAAAGUGCAAUGCCAGGCAGCUUUAGCAUUGAGGAAUUUAGCUUCAGAUGAAAAAUAUCAGCUUGAGAUAGUUCGUUCCCGUGGACUACCCCCUCUUCUAAGAUUACUUCAAUCAUCUUUUCUCCCUUUAAUCCUCUCGUCAGUAGCUUGUAUUCGUAACAUUUCUAUCCAUCCACUUAAUGAAUCUCCAAUAAUUGAUGCGGGUUUCUUGUCACCUCUAAUUCAGCUUUUGGCUUAUGAAGAAAAUGAAGAAAUUCAAUGUCAUGCUAUCAGCACGUUAAGGAAUCUCGCUGCUAGUUCGGAAAGAAACAAACGAGCGAUCGUAGAUGCAGGAGCUGUGGAGCGAGUACGAGAAUUGGUAUUAAAUGUGCCAUUAAGUGUUCAAAGCGAGAUGACCGCAUGUGUAGCCGUUUUAGCAUUAAGUGACGAAUUAAAACCUAGGUUAUUAAAAUUAGGUAUAUGUCAAGUGUUACUUCCCUUGACGAAUUCUUCUAGCGUCGAGGUGCAAGGCAAUAGUGCUGCUGCAUUGGGAAAUUUGUCAUCAAAAGUUCAAGAUUAUUCGCCAUUCGUUAACGUUUGGGAAAAACCGGCGGGUGGUUUACAUGGUUACUUACAACGUUUCUUAGAUAGUACAGACAAAACAUUUCAACAUAUUGCAGUUUGGACUAUUGUCCAAUUUUUGGAAGGAAGAGAUCCAAAAUUGUCUGCAAAUAUUUCUUCUUCAAGAACAAUUUUGACUGCAAUAGAUCGCUUAGCUAGAGUAACACCUGAUGGUGAAGAGCCCUCGGAUGAUGAUGAUGAUUCAGACGAAGGAGAAAUCGUCGCUUUAGCUCGUAAAACAUUGAAUCUCUUAAAAUGAUAAACAAUAUAAAUAAUUCAGAUUUCGUAAUCAAUUAGAACGAAAAGAAUCCAAAAUUGGAGGAGCAUGUUUUUAUUUUGAUAAUCUAUUUUGGAAAUAUUUAUGCCAUUUUUUUAGUAUUGCAAUAGUAUUAUAUUUAUAACAUAUUUGAUGUAUUUAUGUAAACCUUCAAUAUUAUAAGAAAUAACAUUAAAAAGCAUUAAUUAUUAUUGCUUUUUCCUGCAUAAUUCAAUAUAUUAAUU